AUGGACCCCAUUCCUCUGGUGGUGAUGUCUGUUGUCGGUCCUGUACCUCCGGAUGCACUGACCGCUGGCCCGGUCCUGUGCAGGGAGUGGCUCCUGAAUGACCAGUCGACGUUGCUUCGAAGCUCCUCGCAGGCGAGUUUAGAUCCCGGGGAUGUCGUGCAGCUUUCGCGCCUGUCCGCAGUGCGACGAUGGCCCUUAGCCACACUGCAUAACCUCCAUCUGAACCAAGAGGAUGCGCUCCAGGCUGCAAGCACCUUCGUGCGUGAGCAUGGUGCUGCUGGCUUGAUCUUGGUGACGACGCCCCUGCAGUUUUCCUUGCAACCACGCACCCUCUUGGACAUCACUCGGGAGACCGGCAUGCGCAUUGCCGUGGGCACAGCACCGCCGCAGGACUUGGCAGACUUCGAAACCUGUGUAUCAGCAGUAGUCUCAAACUUGGCUUGUGGCUUCAGCGGCUCGGCCAGCACAGAGCCAUUGAGGCCAGGCUUCAUCGGUGAGGUGCCCGCAGAGAACCUGGAGCUGCUGGCCAUCUGCGUCGAGGCGCAGCUGCGAUCAAAAGCGCCGCUCUUGCUGGUCGGAUCUGUUCCACGAGAAGCCCUUACACACCUAGAUCGUGCUGACUGGAGGAAGUGCGCCUUCUUCGACGUUCCCGAUGACAGCCCGGUUUCCACACAGGAAGUGCAGGACCGUGGUGCUUACGUCGGCUUCUGCGCGCCACCCCAAGCAGCUGAUGUGGCCUGGGAGGACUAUCCCGACCGGCGUCCCGUGAGGACCGAGGCUUCAUUUCUGGAGGCCAUCGGCCGCGUUGUGCCCUCACGGCUGCUGCUGGCCACCGGCCUGCGCUUCCGCUGCGACCUUCAGGCCUUCGGAGGUUCAGGCUUGGGCUAUGCCGUCGAGCUCCUGCGGCGAGGCUCAGUGGACGAGCUGCAAUGCCGGGCGAAUGCUGCUGAAUUCCUGAGCUAUCCGUGGCAAGCACCCAUAGCGCCGGAGAAGGCCUGCGCAGCCGCUGCUAAAAAGGUGCUAAAGACGGAGAGGAAAACUGUUGAAAGCGGUGCGAAAGCGGACUGGCCUGAGGAUCAUUGCGUCCUCCCGGGAUGCAGGUUCUCGUUCCUGCCCGCAAAGUAUCGGGCUCCCGUCGCGCUCCCACCGAUGAAAGUCGUCAAGGCUGUCAGUGAGCCCAAGCUGGGGCUUGGGCGUCGAAAGCGCAAGAGUGCUAAGUGCCAGGAGCUGCCUGUGCCAGAGGGUGUCCCCGGGUGCUAUGGCGACUUCUGCCGAGCGGAAUUCCGCUUCCCGAACAGCUUGAAGGACAUCCAGCUACUUGACGACGCCUGGACAAGGCAAGGAAGAGAGCUCUGCAGCAAGAAGGUAUCUCUGUUCUCGGAUGUGACCUUGGGCCCUGUGCUCGAGCCAGAGGAGCUGGUGGCUUGUUUGGAGCACGAGCGGGAGCCGGGGGAGAAACCCUCGAAAGGCCAAGAGCCAGUGCCGCAGGCACGCCGCCGGCCUGUGGCAGAUCCGCUUCCCGGCCGUGUCUGCUUCUCCGUGAUCAUGGAAGCUCGCAGUCAUCCCACCCUUUGCGGAUGGCUGGAAGGUUUCAGCUGGCGACUGGACCCCAAAGAUGCCGUGACUGUGACCAACGCAGCCGCCAAGCUCCAGACGGAUGAGCAGCAAGGGGGUGGAUGCGUCUCCAAGCGCAUGGACCGCUCUUUGGCGGGUUUCAGGUACAGGCUCAAAGAGGUGCCAGUGUGCCGAAGCUGCGCGUCCGUUUACAGAAUCCUUCAUGACGUCAUCAGCAUGAUCCGAGUGCAAAGGAAGGACCUUUGGGCAGCACGGGAGCUGCGGCGAAAACGCCAGGAGGAGGAGGAAGAGAGGGAGCGUAUCAAGCAGGCAGAGAUCGAGCGCAUGCUCACCUAUCAGAGGCAGAGGGCCUCUCGGUCGAGCCCCCGCCCGAAGGCUGCUUCGGUUAUGCUGAGACAGAGCCUCUUUCUGGAACCAGACGUGCAGGAGUUCCUCCGACUGAUUCCCGACUCUCCCAGUGCUGGGACGCCGCUCGGAUGCAACCAGAGCCUCGCCGUCGCCGCCGCCGCCGUCGUCGUCGUCGUCGAAAUUGCAAAUCGUGGUAG